AUGAGCCCACACCAGCUUUUCCUGAAAGAAAACAGCCCCGUGAUAUUACUCCGUAAUAUAUUACUGUCUUCUGGGUUGUGCAAUGGUACAAGGUUAAUAUUCAAGCGCUUCUUUCCCAACCUUAUUGAAUGCGUUAUCACAACUGGCCACCAUAAAGGGGAGCAUGUUCUCAUACCACGCAUUAAAUUACGGCCCUCUACUUCUUCAAAGUAUCCCUUCCAGUUCCAAAGGAAACAAUUCCCUAUCAAGCUCUGUUUUGCUAUGACAAUAAACAAGUCUCAAGGGCAGACAUUAAGUCAAGUUGCAAUCUAUCUUCCUCGGCCAUGUUUCUCACAUGGGAAAUUAUAUGUGGCUUUAUCACGUGCCAAGAAAGCAUCCAAUGUAAUACUCAUUUCCACAGGUUACUGGAACAGCACAGGGCUCAAACAAGCAACAUGUGUUGUAGUUAAAGCUUCUCUUGCUAUUGGGACUUGUGGCAAGGAGGAGAAUGCUGACUUGCUCGGAUGA